CAUCCCUCGUCCUUUGCAGUUUACAGAGAGAGAUAUCUAUUAUCUGGCUUUAGAGUUUAUUAGAACCACUAGGCUCAGUCACCAAUUCGCCAUGGAAGGAGUGGGAGCUCAAGCCGCCAAAAAUGGUGGUGCCGGUGAAGGAAGCCGCAUUCAGGCCCGGCAGAGUCGGAGAUUGCCUGAUUUCUUACAAAGCGUGAACGUUAAAUAUGUGAAGCUGGGGUAUCAUUACUUGCUGAAAUAUCUUAUCACUUUCUCUCUUAUUCCGGUGAUGGCUGUGACCCUGGUCCGGGCGUCGCAGUUGAGCUCGGAGGAUAUCCUUGAACUAUCACAUCAGCUUGAGAAGAAUUUGGUGAGUGUCGCCAUUUGCUCUGCACUGCUUGUAUUAAGUGCUACCGCCUAUUUCAUGACGCGGCCACGCCCCGUGUAUCUGGUGGACUUUUCCUGCUACCUCCCUCACUCACACCAGAGGGUUAACUACAAGAAUUUCAUGGAACACUCCAGGCUCACUGGGGACUUCGAUGAGUCUUCGCUCGAGUUCCAACACAAGAUCCUCGAGCGCUCCGGACUCGGCGAGGAGACGCACGUCCCUGACGCGAUGCACUACACUCCUCCACGGCCGACGAUGGCUAACGCUAGGGAGGAAGCCGAGCAGGUCAUGUUUGGCGCUCUAGAAAAUCUUUUCUCCAAUACCUCCGUGAAGGCUAAGGACAUUGGUAUACUAGUCGUGAACUGUAGCUUGUUCAAUCCGACCCCUUCGCUGUCCGCCAUGAUUAUCAACAAGUACAAGCUAAGAGGUAACAUUAGGAGCUUUAAUUUGGGCGGAAUGGGAUGCAGUGCGGGAGUGGUCGCCAUCGACUUGGCCAAGGACAUGCUCCAGGUUCACCGCAACACUUAUGCCGUCGUCGUCAGCACUGAGAACAUCACCCAGAACUGGUACUUCGGGAACAAGAAAUCAAUGCUGAUACCUAAUUGCCUGUUCCGCGUGGGUGGAUCGGCGGUUCUGCUGUCGAACAAGUCCUCAGACAGGCGCCGGGCCAAAUACAAGCUCCUCCAUGUCGUGAGGACCCACUGCGGAGCCGAUGACAAGGCGUUCCGUUGUGUGUACCAGGAGCAGGACGACCAAGGUAAAACCGGGGUCUCGUUGUCGAAGGAUCUCAUGUCCAUCGCAGGAAUGGCACUUAAGACCAACAUCACCACAUUAGGACCUCUCGUCCUCCCAAUCAGCGAACAGCUUCUCUUCUUCUUCAAUUUGUUGGCCAAGAAGCUAAUCGAUCCCAAGAGGAAGUCCUACAUCCCAGACUUCAAGUUGGCGUUCGAUCACUUCUGCAUACACGCCGGGGGAAGGGCCGUGAUCGACGAGCUGGAGAGGAAUCUGCAGCUGGAGCCGACUCACGUCGAGGCUUCCAGGAUGACACUGCACCGGUUCGGCAACACGUCGUCCAGCUCCAUCUGGUACGAGCUGGCCUACACGGAGGCUAAAGGGAGGAUGCGCAAAGGCCACCGCCUCUGGCAGAUCGCAUUCGGAAGUGGCUUUAAGUGUAACAGUGCAGUGUGGGAGGCGGUUCGGAAUGCGAAGCCAUCACCCAACAGUCCCUGGUUGCAUUGCAUCGACAGGUAUCCCGUCGAAAUUGUAUCUUAGCUCUUCAUUGAUUCUGAAGCGGAAAAAUAAAUAUCAGAGGCAUCAACCGUACGUCUUCAUCUCUUUGAUUAAUCAUUCAUGUAUCUGGGGUCAAUUAAGUCUAUGUUAUAUCAUCAUUCAUCAGGUUUUCUUUUUCACUGCUCUUUAUUGUUUAUAGAUUAUAGUGUUGCAUACAUGCAUCAGGUCAUGCAUGGUGGUCACUGUUGCUUUUUUUUUUCUUUCAAAGAACUUUCUCUACUGCAAUUUAUUUGUCCCUGCUUCAUCAGGAACUUAAUUUAGAGAAGAUGUGUAUACUAUUAAUCCUUUACGAACAGAUCUAGUGUGUUACAUAUAUAUGAUUUUUUUGGUUGUAAUAAUCAAUAUUAAUGUUGGGUUCCAUUUGAACAAUUAUUUAA